UUUCGUUUUUAACGUACGCGCGCCAAGACGCAAAAGCAACAGCUCGAAAACCAAACGCAUUGCCCAAUACGAAUUCUCAAUACAAAACACAAGUGUGACCAGCGUCUGCGAAUUCAAUUCGUGUAUCCAAAAAACCCAAGAAACACCCACCUUAACCAGCCACCGCCUAAGUAACCACCGCCAAGAUGUCUCACUCCGUGACCAUAACCCGCACCACCACCAGCACCACCAACACCUCCUACAUUGUGCUAAACACUGGCUACCUUAAGACCUUUCCGGGUAUUUUGAAGCUCUUCCAGUUGCUCAUUGGCGUUGCUGUGGUCACCCUGAUGGCGAUGCACUACAGUGAUAGUGUCUACUACCGCCAGCAGCAAUAUCUGUUCCACUACCUGAUGGCCACCACAUUUAUGAUAGGGACAUUUUGUUUAUUCCUAGCGUGCCUCACAUCGCUGAGCACGGGCGGACUCAUCGCCAAGACGAUCUACGAGCUGAUCUAUCACUCUGUUGCCGCCAUACUAUUGCUCGUCUCGUCGGCCUGCCUGCUGAUUAAGGUGCGCGAUAACAGGCACGAUGCCUACAUGGCGGCCGGUGUUCUGGGCCUGGUCAAUACGGUGCUCUACUUCAUAAGCGCAUUCCUGGCACAUCGCUCGUAUCGCGGCAUUUAAGCGGAAAACUCAAUCGCUGGCAUUUUGCGAGAUCUAACAUAAAUAGUUCAUCAGAAACA